GCACGUGGCACGUGGUGGCGCGUGUCGAUGGCGGAGGAGGGGCCCCUGAAGGUCGCCACGCCGGCCUCCUCACGACCCGAGUCGGUCCUCUCGGAGUUGACGGCCUCGGACGCGCCGGAGAGUCCGGAGCCGGAGGUGCCGGAGGACGUGUCCUCUCCGGAGGACACCCCGGACCAGCCGGAGACGAGGGCGGAGCCGGAGUGGCCCAGCCCGCACCAGCAGGAGACGGGGGCAGAGCCGGAGUGGCCCAGCCCGGACCAGCCGGACGGCCGAGAGGAGAAACAGGAGGACGAGAAGGAGGACACACCUAGAGGGGAAAGUGGUCUUCAGAACGAGGAGCCCGCAGGCAACCAGCCCGGAGAGAAUAAGCAAGAAGAACUGAGCCUUGAAGAAAGUGCGGUAACUGUCACCGAAAUGGGGGGCCAGAAGGACCCUGAGGAUGGACGAGAUGCCGGUCAAGUCGAAGGAGAUCAGCCAGCACAGGACGCUGAAAAGCAGUCAAUGGAGCCCUCCAGCCCUCCAGCACAUGUCGCUUCACCAGAAGACGCUCAGCCUAAGGAAGACUCGAACGCUGAACCAACUAAUACCAACGUCGAAGAACCCAAUGUCGAUCCCAAAGAGACUUCAACAGACGUCGAGCAUAAGUCAUUACCUCAUUCCCCAGAACCUGAGCGAGCUCCUUCGGUUCCAGGCCCACAAGACACAAACGCGGACGAACCUGCAUCAAGUGGCCGCCCAGAAUCUAAGCCAGGCCCUGACGAAGCCAAGGGCGAGGAGAAGGACGCAAAUUUAGAAUCGGAAUAUUCUGGACUAAAGGCAGAAGAAAAGGAGGACGAUAGAAGGCCUGCGUCAGAAGUAGAUGCAAAAUUGGAGCAGACACCAAAACCGGAACCUGAUCCAGAACCUGAGUCAAAACCUCAGGCAGAACCCGAGCCUGAAUCUGAAACUAGAUCUGAAUCAGAGACUGAACCUGAACCAAACCGAGAACCCGAACCUGAAUCCAGACCACAGUCUGAGCUCAAACCUGAACCGGAGCCGGAACCAAAACCUGAAUCGCAAUUUGAACCUGUAAACCAAGAAAAGUCUCAACCAGAGCCUGAACCGGGACCAAAAUCUGAGCCUAAGCAAGAAGAUAAGCCUAAACCCACACCCGAACCUGCAGCCGCUCCCAAACCUGAAACUGAUCCGAAACCUGAUCCUGAACCUGAACCCAAAGCUGAACCAGGAACUGAACCUGAACGCAAACCUGAACCUGAACCCGAACCAGAGACCAAAACUAAGUCCGAAACCGAACCGGAAUCUGGAUCAAAAUCUGAGCCUGAAGUGAAAGAGGCAGCAGAACCAAAUGAGAUGACUCAGUCAGAGCCUAUUUCGGAUCCAGUACCAGAGCCGGAAUCAGAGUCUCACAAGCAGACACCGGACCCGGACCCGUCGCCAGCGCCGGAGCCCCAGCCGGCAGCAAAGGAGCCGGAGCCGAAGUCCCAGCCGGCGGCAGCGGCGGCUCCGAAGAAGGGGCCGCGGUCGGCCGGCGCGCCCGCUGCCGGGUCGGCCCCGGGGGUCCGGACGAGCCGGUCACCCAGGAGGCGGCAGCCGCCGGAGCGGCGCCGGCCUCUGGUGACCAAGGAGCGGCCGACGGUGCCGACCACGCGCGGCCAGCAGCUGCUGGUGGAGCGCAAACGGCUACUGGACGAGGACUAUCGGCGCUGGGAGGAGCGCGAGCGAUCCCUCUCCCGCCGGCGCAGAGAAACGACUGGGGACAGCGGAGGUAGCAAUGGCCGGGGAACUAGCAGGAACGCCUCACCGAGGAGAGGACGGUCAUCUUCAACAAGGUUGGAUCCCCUGCAAGACAAACCAAAAAAGCUGCCGAUGAACAAGGUGCAGGUGGGGACGGCUCCUCCGCCGAACUUGAGCGCCGUCCAGUCGCGGAUCGGCUCCCUGGCCAACACCGGCUACCGGCCCGGCGGCGGCGCCGUGAAGAUCGAACACCACAAGGUGGACGUGAGCAAGGCGGCGCCGCGCGUCCAGGCGCGCUCCGACUACCGACCCGGCGGCGGCAACAAAAAGAUCGUUCUGCAGAAGCUCGAGUGGAAGGGCCAGCCGAAGGUGGGCUCCCUGGCAAACACCAAGUACAAGCCGGGCGGGGGCAAUGUCCAGGUGGAGUCGCAGAAGCUCGACUUCAAGCGCCAGGCGGCCUCGAAGGUCGGCUCAAAGGCCAACAUUCACCACAAGCCUGGCGGCGGCGACGUCAAGGUGACCUCUCAGCGCGUGCAACUGUCGUCCGUCUCCAGCAAGGUGGGCUCUCUGGACAACGUCGGCCAUCGUCCGACCGGCGGCGACCGGCGCAUCUUUGAAGACACCGCCUACCUGCGACAGAUGCGCUCUGCGUCGACCGACGGCCGGUCCCGGCGGCUGGGGUCCCGGCCGUCCGACCCCGGCUCCGGCUCCGAGGCCGGCACCGGCUCAGAGGCCGGCACAGAGCCCGGCAACGGUGCCGAACCUGGCACUGAGCAGGGCGCCGAUCCCGGCACCGAGACCGGCGCUGGGCAGGGCACCGAGACCGGUGCUGAGCCAGGCAACGGCACCGGCGCUGAGCUCGGCACUGAGGAAUCCGGUGCCCCCAACACUCAGCCCGGCACUCAGCCUAACACUGAGCCCGACAAGGGCACCGAACCCGACACCGAGGGAUCCGCUCCCGGCACAGAGUCCGGCUCCAGACCCGGCACUGACUCCAAGCCCGGCUCCGGCACCAACCCCGGCGCUGAGCCCGGCACCAACCCCGGCACAGAGCCCGGCACCGUCGCUGGCUCCAACUCUGGCUCCCUAAAGGGUAGCGGCGAUACCAGUCCAACACCACCAAACGGGAAAAAGACACCUUCCAGAUCUCCGUCGCGCUCUAGAAAUUCGCCAACCUCCGGAGGAAAAUCUCCAACACCGGGCGCAAAAUCUCCAGAAAAGGACAGGAAAUCCCCAGCGCCGGGUGGCAAGUCGCCAGGCGCGACAAACGAGCCGCUGGCACCUCCCGGGCAGUCGGCGGCCAGCCGAAAGUCUUCAGCCGAAAACUCGCUUCCACCAGUGAACGGGGCGUCCCCCAAGCCGCUGAGAUAACGGAAUUGUCUGCACUGACGACUGCCAUGCUCUUUGCUUUUAUCAGUGGUAGCAUGCAUACUCAUUUGUUCGCACGUAAUCAAACAGUCAAACUGAUCAGAACUUUGUGUAGUAGGUAGGCACACAAAUAUUGUUUUGUUAUCAGAAAUAUUUUUCGUUAAUGUUUCCCGUGCUCUGUGCGCCGUUAAGCUUUAACCGUGAUUAAUCGGUGUUUUAUUUGGGAAAUAAAUUAUGUCAAGAUGUUAAGAACGCUUUGUUAGGCGCUUUAAUGAUGCUAUUUUACGUCAACUAGCGCUAUUGUAUGCGUGAUGAAUGUCUCUCGCCUUCAGCCGAAUUCCGCCUGUCACAGCUAAGGUGUAAUCGUCACAAAGUAAACAGCAAGCAGUCCAGCUCGCAACCAUCGACAUCUGCACAUUGUCGAGGGAAGAGCCUGCUAAAGCCCCGGAUUUGUCGGAUCCCCCAGAAAGUUGUGUGCUUUUGGCACCGUUCGUCGUAGCGGGGUCACACUUUCAAUAGAUAUCACCUUUUCUUUCUAUCUCUUGGUACACCAGCAGUUUGGUGUUGCUUAACUAGCUCUAGCUUUAGAUAAUAAAGGCUCAAUAAAACUUAAGUAUUUGUUAUCACUGAAUGCAAGCCAGCGAGGAUGAAAUGAUUUGAAGGAACACAAAUCGAUCAUGUGAAAAUAAAUGUUAAAAGUACGUUUGAGGACAGCUCACAAGAGUAAGGUUACGUGAAAUAGGUACCGAACAAAACCGAAUCCUUGCAGCAAGAAGGUGAGGAACACUGAACACACCAAGAAUGGAAGUUUUCCUUUUUCUAAUUUAUGUAUUUCAGCUUGCCUAUUGUCCUUCCUUAUGGUUUAUGGAAAACGAAAUAGAAUAUCACACCGAUAGUAUUGCCUUUAAAUUGGCAUAUUAUAAGGAACUUUCAAAGUAUCAGUCACGUCGUUUAUGUAACGUGUAUUACAUAUCAAAUGAUCGGUAACAAUUGAGUACCUUGGGACGCAUGUUAGCUACUGGGUAAUGAGCAUAUGAUGCCAAACAACAUACACAUGGCAUUGCGACCCUGAUUGUUACCGCAAACAGCAAACACUCGCAAAAUCCACAUUUUAUAACAUUUAAAACAUUAGCAACGUGGCUGUGUCACUUAAUGCUCAGACAUCACCAAAAGCAUAAAAAACAGUUUCACUUUGGGCGCCGAGCACCUCUCGAGCGGCGGGCGAUUCGCACGUCAGUGUGGCGUGUGCCGCCCGUCCGCGGUCGCCCACGCCUGGGCGGCUUUCUGUUUCGCCGGGAGGCCGCCGGCGGUCCGGGAGGCCGGCACAAGCCGCGCCGUGGUCGGGCCGUGCCAGCGAGCCGCGCACGGCCCGGCCGGAGGACCCACGGGCAACGAGCAGCACUUUCACUGAGGCCGGCCGGCGGCGGCGGUAGCGGCGGCGGUGGCAACAGCGAAUCGCGAUUGAGGCGCGAUCGACCGUCUCACUCACCGGCUCGAUCGAACACUCACUCGUCGGCCGACCGUUUUUCAGUUGAGGAGACACCUUCUGUCCUGCACCUCCCCUUCCCUCAGGGGCGACACUUUCCGAAAAUUAUUGGUAGGGCUCUAAUGUAAAUUUUUGCCAAUUCAAAGCGAUUCUUUCCACGCAACGCCAUAGGCAUAAUGUUAAAUUUCCAAAAUUAUUGGUAGGGCUCGGGCCCUACCAUGCCUAUACAAAGCGACACCCAUGCCUUCCCUGCUGAGCCGCGCUGCACAGUGAGCACGGACCUGGACCUGACCGCGAUCCGACAAGGUCAGGGUCAUGAGUGAUGAGCUUGGAAUCUGAACUCAAGGGAUGCGCGUGGAAGGCGGAAACCACCCGGCUGCAAACUUGAGGUUGCACUGAUGACAGUCACAGCUCGAAGUCUUCUACAAGUAGCACCUUGUCGAAAUUUAUCGACACCCAACGGCACCAGCGAUUGAGUAAAUACGUAGGCAUGAGUCACUACCCUUUCACUGCACACAGACGUCUUUAGCCAGCAGAAGUGGGUCGCAUUCGGCGCAGGCGCCGCGCAAAGUCCCUCAGCCAGUGGUAAGUACACUGUUGUAUCGACCGCGACUGGCCAUCGGCCGCCGGUCCCGGUCAGUCUCUGAGGUCCUGUGGUCCCGUCCGGUCCGACCUGGAGGUCCUGUGGUCCCACUCAGUCACACCCUGAGGUCCUAUGGUCCGCCUGGUCACACUCGGAGGUCCUGUGGUCCCUCUCGGUCACACUCGGAGGUUCUGUGGUCUCUCUCAGUCACACCCGAAGGUCCUACGACCCCACACGAUCACACUCGCAGGUUCUGUCGGAUCCAAGGCAGGAAGUUGGUGACUCGCGUAUAGACGCCUGGGUAGCCGGCCUGGGCGCACCGGUUUCCGAAGGAGACGAUGCCCAGCUGCAUGUAGCGUCCGCGCUCGUAGUAGACGAGGGGGCCGCCAGAGUCGCCCUGUCGGGGGCCGGGAACACCAGUCAGCGGUCGGACGGCACUCGGACAACACAUGAAUAGAGACCGGUCUUUUAUGACCCAAUUCGACACGCUGCGAUACAUGAAUAGCGUGCUUCUAAGUGGAGAAUGAUGACACUUUUUAAAUAAAAUGACAGCCGAACUGCUACACAAACAAUUGAAAAGAACCUGAACAGUACAGUUGACUUUUUCACGGCAACACUUGGAGCCUUCAGAACUGCUGCAUAUUCAUUCGGUCAGGCCGCCGGUGUGUACUAGCAUGUUUCCUUUUAGUGUAUACUUUUAGCUUGUUUUCUUUUCAGUGUUGCUCAUAGUAGAUACCUACCUAUGUUAUGCCGUGCUUUUAACUACAGUGUUGUGAAUCGUUUGUGUUUUCACCUCAUCUUGUUUAUGAUUUUAUGUACUGUUUUGACUGCACCUGUUAAAAGGGCGUUUGCCUGUGGGUGCUUGUAGUAAAUACAAUACAAUACAAUA